CACCUUACAGUAUCCAAGCGGUUCUUUAAAAAACUGAUGUGGUUUCCGUAAAUACAGUUUAGUUUGCAAUGUUUUCGUACAAAACUAGUCUUGGCAGGCAAGAACCGAAAAUUUCCGAAACCGAUAUAAAGAAGUUCACCUCGGUUUUUCAGCAAUGUGAUGAAAGCAAGAAAGGGUACUUAGACAGAGAGGAUCUGAAGAUUGCCAUAGUCAUGUUAUUUGGCUACAAGCCAUCAAAGUCGGAGACAGACUUGUUACUGCAUCCUGUUCUACAAGCAAAUUUGCCAGGAGUCCCUUUGGAUCACUUUAUAAACCUCAUGGGGAGGAAGUUGUCAGUGCAGGAUCCAUUUGAAAAGACGAGGCAGAUCUUCACAGCGUUUGAUGUACACUGUCGUGGCUUCUUGACACUGGAAGACUUCAGAAAGGCGUUUUCUUCUGUUGCCCAUUUACAGGACCAGACAGUGCAGGAAGCAUUUAGGGAGGUGGAUCGGGAUUCAGACGGACACAUCAGUUUUAAGGAUUUGGAGUCUGUCCUCACCUACGGACAAGAUGACCGCUAGCCCCCGGAAACCAGCUGGAGAAAGCCAUGGGAAUCAGCUCGUGCUGAAAAGAAUCUUGUAAGAUAAAAUCAUUUCAGUAUGACAGGGUUCAUAUCAAAUGAUGUGAAAAGCAGAUGUCUAUCGCAGUACCGAUAUUUUAGAUAUGUUGUGCUCCAGCAUCAUAUUCCUGCAAAUGAUUAAAUUACCAGCUGUGUACCCAUUCAUUUAAAGGAAAUAUUGCAAUGGUGAAGUACCUUCACAAACUUGUUUUGUAAUAGCCAGACCCUGAUAUGUCGGGGCCAUAACAGAAAGGCACUAUUAAAUGCUGUUCUUAAAGCUGAAUGUGUUUUACUCCUCUCUUAAAGUCUACGAGCACCUGAGAAAGCUAUAGCACAUAGCAUCAAAUUGAAUACUAUAUUACAUAAGAUUUGUUUUAAAUCAGUUUUACACAAAAUGCUUAUCCAUGACUUAAUAUCUUCAACUGUAUGUUUUCAAGGGAUUUCAGAGUUCCUUCUUGUUACACAUGAUUAUGAAACUGUAAAUACUUGUUUGUGUUUUGAGAGAUUUACUGUGCUCCCUACUGAAUAAAGAUUAAUUUGUUUUCGUAAUCAA